CGAAUGAGUGCGCCAUAUUGAAUUUAAGAAAAUAACGACUGAGAGAAAUCCGUUGUCAUCCAUGUUGAAUAUAAUGAAAUAUGCAAUGUAAGAAGUUGUAAAUGGGCUUGACGCAGGGGUCUGACAGUAAUAUUCAACUCAUUUACCGCAUACUAUGGCCGGAAAUGUUGGAGACAUCCAGUGGUGCUUUUCGCAAGUAAAGGGCGCCAUAGAAACUGAGGAUGUCACUGAAGCUGACAUAAUUUCCUGUGUGGAGUUUAACAGCACAGGUGACCUACUUGCAACAGGAGACAAGGGGGGACGUGUUGUCAUCUUUCAGCGAGAUAAAGCUGGAAAGAUUGCCAUACCAUCAAGAGGAGAAUAUAAUGUGUACAGCACAUUUCAAAGUCAUGAGCCAGAGUUUGACUACCUCAAAAGUUUGGAGAUUGAAGAGAAGAUCAAUAAAAUAAGAUGGCUGAAGCGAACAAAUCCUGCCAAUUUCUUGCUAUCCACAAAUGAUAAGACCAUCAAGUUGUGGAAGGUCACUGAGAGAGACAAGAGACCUGAAGGUUACAAUCUGAAGGAUGAGUCAGGGUUAAUGAGAGACCCCACCAACGUGACAAGCUUGAGGGUUCCUAGCUUUAAACCCAUGGAGUUAAUGGUGGAGGCAAGUCCCCGUCGUAUAUUUGCCAAUGCCCACACUUACCACAUCAAUUCAAUCUCUGUCAACAGUGACCAAGAAACAUAUCUGUCAGCUGAUGACCUUCGCAUUAACCUUUGGCAUUUGGAGGUCACAGACCAAAGCUUCAAUAUUGUGGACAUAAAGCCUGCCAACAUGGAGGAGCUAACUGAAGUGAUCACUGCUGCUGAAUUUCAUCCACAUGAAUGCAAUCUGUUUGUGUACAGCAGCAGCAAAGGCACAAUUAGGCUCUGUGAUAUGAGAGAGCAGGCAUUAUGUGAUAAACAUGCCAAAUUGUUUGAGGAACCAGAAGAUCCCACCAAUAGGAGUUUCUUUUCUGAGAUUAUAUCUAGUAUAUCUGACGUAAAGUUUAGUCAUAAUGGACGUUACAUGGUGACUCGCGACUACCUGUCCAUCAAAGUCUGGGACUUGUUGAUGGAGACCAAACCCAUAGAAACUUAUCAAGUACAUGAGUACCUCAGGAGUAAAUUAUGUUCUCUGUAUGAAAAUGACUGUAUUUUUGACAAAUUCGAGUGUUCAUGGAGUGGAGAUGACAGGCACAUUAUGACUGGCUCUUACAAUAAUUUCUAUCGGAUGUUCGACCGUGAAGCCAAAAGGGACACAACUUUGGAAGCAUGUAGAGAAAACAUGAAACCAAGGACAAUUCUAAAACCGCGUAAAGUGUGCACUGGUGGUAAGAGGAAAAAGGAAGAGAUUAAUGUGGACUGUCUAGACUUCAAUAAAAAGAUUCUACACACAGCCUGGCACCCCCUAGAAAACAUCCUGGCUGUGGCAGCCACCAAUAAUCUAUAUAUCUUCCAAAGUAAAGAUUAACGCAAUUAUCAUUAGGUUAAUUUAACAAAUUCAGUGCUGGCAUGGUGGUGCACAGGAAAGGUUGCUGCUUUCUGAUGGCUCUUUGAUGCGAAGGACAAUGAGAAAAGGAACAAGUGAGAAACCGUAGAGCAAUAUUUUUGUACACAUUUUUAGUUGUGAUGAUGGCAUUCUGAUUCACAGAUUUUUUUCUGUGACAUGAGUUGUUGUUCAAAUUUGCAUUAAUGAAAACUGUAGUGCUAUGAACUUCCAGGUGGCAACAAGACUGUACUGUACAUCAUUUUGGAUCUGUCUGUUCUAGUUGUCUGAUGCCUUCCUAUGUAUGUCUGUGUCCAUGGUGCGUUUUGUAUUCUUGCAUUGUCUGUAGUUUGUGGGUAGACCAUCUAGUCACUGUCCCCUACUACACACCCAACACAGGCAUUUACUGGAUACAGGUGCAAUAGAAAUGCCACGUCUCCAAUCCAACAACAAAAGUGAUGCAUCACUAACCUUACAUUCCUACAUACUGAUCACACUAGACUGCAUUCUGAUCUUGCCAUACUGAUGUUAAGUGCUAAUAUUUUGAAUUUAUUUGCUCAUAGAUGCUCAAUAUGUGCUGGCAUUCAUAAAAGCAAACACUUGUUUGUAAUGUUUUAUUUUUUUCGAAAAGGCAUCAGUUGCUGCAGUAUAUAUUUACAAAUUUUAAAUAGAAAAAAUAACUUGCUUUGAUGUACUGUAAAGUCUAUCAUUCCAUGAGUUAGAUACAAUCAUACACUGUUUCUCUCCACGGCCUGCAAGUCUCCAGGACUUGGCAUCAGAAUACUCCAUGCUUUUUCUAAUUUCUUACUUUUUAGAAGAAAAUUGAGCAUUAUAUGUGAUGAAUCAAAUGUAAUGAAAGUACAGGUCAUUUGUAAACUACAUGUAUGUGUUCUGACAUUGUUCUUGCUGUAUUAGUACAAUUAUGUCAAUGAUGUCAGGUUAUGUAAUGGCCUGAAGAAAUGUUAUUUAAUAUUAAAAACAUUGUUACUAUA